UUAGUACACUGUAUAUAUACAUAUAUAUAUAUAUAUAUAUAUACAUCCCAUAAUGCGCAGACAUACCGUUGACAAUGGGAAUUUUGAAAAAUGCCUUGCUUUGAUCGAAGAAGAAUGGUAGGAGAGUGAUAAUUAGCGCGUAUCGGUUGUGUAUAUACACCGCGGCGCCACUGAACUCCAGUGUAGCAACUCAUCUCGUAUUACGAUCGUAUCACGUCGUCGUUUCUUUACUCGUGUCUCGUGAAAGCUUAAUCCUAUCGUAAAAUGCCUCCGAAUUUGGACGAUUGCGUGAAAAUGGCGGAAUAAAAUGGCAGGACGUAGAUCGACUUUAAGCAAUGUCGAAUCCUUAUCGGGAUCAGGAAAUACUGAUCCUUUAAGAGAAUUAUUCGAAGCCUGUAAAACUGGUGAUCUUACGAGAGUUAAGGCGUUGGUUACACCAAAGACAGUUAAUGCACGAGAUACCGCUGGACGCAAGGCCACUCCACUGCACUUUGCAGCUGGCUAUGGGAGAAUAGACGUAGUAGAGUUUCUUCUUUCUGCCGGUGCAUCGAUUCAAGCAAGAGACGAUGGUGGUUUACAUCCACUGCAUAACGCAUGUUCUUUCGGACAUUCCGAUGUUGUAAGAUUACUUCUUGAAGCAGGAGCUAAUCCUAAUACAAGAGAUAAUUGGAAUUAUACACCUUUGCAUGAAGCUGCCAUUAAGGGUAAGAUAGACGUAUGCAUAGUAUUGUUGCAACAUGGAGCUGAUGCAAAUAUUAGAAAUGCCGAGGGAAAGACUGCAUUGGAAUUGGCAGACGCUGCUACUAAGCCAGUUUUAACAGGAGAAUAUAGAAAGGAUGAACUUUUAGAAGCUGCAAGAUCAGGAAACGAAGAAAGAUUAUUACAGCUUUUAAAUCCACUUAAUGUCAAUUGUCACGCUAGUGAUGGACGAAGAUCAACACCUUUGCAUUUAGCAGCUGGAUAUAAUAGAUCUAGAGUUGUACAAAUUCUUCUUCAAAAUGGUGCGGACGUACACGCGAAGGACAAAGGAGGACUUGUUCCCCUUCAUAAUGCUUGUUCUUAUGGACAUUUCGAAGUAACAGAAGCACUUCUUAAACAUGGAGCUGCUGUAAAUGCUAGCGAUUUAUGGGCAUUUACUCCAUUGCAUGAAGCCGCUAGCAAAUCCAGAGCAGAAGUUUGUUCUUUACUUUUAAGCGAAGGUGCAGAUCCAACUCAAUUGAAUUGUCACAGCAAAAGCGCUAUCGAUGUUGCACCUACCGUAGAAUUACAAGAAAGAUUAGCAUACGAAUAUAAAGGCCAUUGUUUAUUGGACGCCUGCAGGCAGGCUGAUCCAACUAAAUUGAAAAAGUAUUUGUCUCAGGAUGUUGUCAAUUUUAAACAUCCAUAUACCGGGGAUACGCCAUUGCAUUGCGCGGUUGCAUCGCCUUAUCCAAAACGAAAACAGAUUAUCGAAAUUUUGAUUAGAAAAAAUGCUGCCAUGAAUGAGAAAAAUAAAGACUUUCUUACGCCUUUACACGUGGCUACUGACCAUUCGCAUUACGAUGCAAUGGAUAUAUUACUUAGGCAUAAUGCUAAAGUAAAUGCAUUAGAUGGCCUAGGACAAACUGCUUUACACAGGUGCGUUAGAGAGGACAAUGUGCAAGCAUGUAGAAUAUUGUUAUCGUACAACAUCGAUCCUUCAAUUGUAUCUCUUCAAGGUUAUACGGCGGCACAAGUUGCCGCGGAAAAUGUUUUAAAAAUAUUACAAGAUCCACCUAGUGGAACCGACGACGCAGAAGCACAGCUUUUAGAAGCUAGUAAAUCCGGCGAUUUGAAUGCUGUAAAAAGAAUUUUACAAACAAAUCCACAUGCCGUAAAUUGUCGCGAUUUAGAUGGCCGACACUCUACACCUCUGCAUUUUGCAGCAGGUUUUAAUAGAGUGCCCGUCGUCGAAUACCUUUUGGCACAUGGUGCGGAUGUGCAUGCCAAAGAUAAAGGCGGAUUGGUGCCCCUUCACAAUGCUUGCUCUUAUGGUCAUUACGAAGUAAUAGAAUUAUUAGUAAAACAUGGCGCAUCAGUGAAUGUCGCAGAUUUGUGGAAAUUUACUCCCCUUCACGAGGCCGCGGCUAAAGGUAAAUGCGAAAUCGUUCGAUUGUUAUUAAGGCACGGCGCAGAUGCAACUAAAAAAAAUAGAGACGGAGCAACUCCUCUUGAUCUAGUAAGAGAAGGGGACCAAGAUGUUGCAGAUUUAUUGUGUGGAAAUAGUGCCCUUUUGGAUGCCGCAAAAAAAGGAAAUCUAGCCAGGGUGCAAAGGCUGGUUACGCAAGAUAACAUCAAUUGCAGAGAUACCCAAGGUCGGAACAGUACGCCUUUACAUUUUGCUGCGGGUUAUAACAACUUAGAGGUAGCAGAAUUUUUGCUAGAAAGAGGAGCGGAUGUAAACGCACAAGAUAAGGGUGGCUUAAUACCUUUACAUAAUGCUUCAAGCUAUGGACAUUUGGAUAUAGCGGCAUUACUUAUUAAAUAUAAUACAAUAGUAAAUGCAACUGACAAAUGGGGCUUUACACCACUCCAUGAGGCUGCACAAAAAGGAAGAACACAAUUGUGUGCUCUUUUAUUAGCACACGGUGCCGAUCCUUUUCUUAAAAAUCAAGAAGGACAAAGUCCAGUAGAUUUAGCGAGUGCGGACGAUGUACGUUGUUUGUUGCAAGAUGCUAUGGCUUCCCAGCAAGUAGUGCCGUCUGUACCAUCGGGUAAUAAUGGCGUUGGUCUUGGGAUUAACAUUAAUGGGAAUGGUGGUAGUACUAUUAAUAGUAGACCACCUAGUAUCGUUGCCGUACCAGUAACUCCACCACCACCGCUUACUCAAGAAACAGUUAUUAUGCCUUCUGGAGCUGCAAUGACUUUAUGCGUUCCGUUAGCUCGGCCAUCGUCUUGUCUAAGCCCUAUGCCACCAUCUGACUCGAAUUCUGAAAGAGAAUCUAAAGAUAUGUGCAAAGAAAAUAAUAGUUCGAACAUUACGACCGUAGCGGGCUUCCUUCAAAGUCUUGGAUUAGAACAUUUGCUCGAAUUAUUUGAAAGGGAACGUAUUACGUUGGAUAUAUUGGCGGAAAUGUGUCAUGAAGAUUUGAAACAAGUUGGCGUAACUGCUUAUGGAUAUAGGCAUAAAUUAAUUAAAGGAAUGGAAAAAUUAUUAACCACCGCCACGGGAACACUAUGGCAACCGUCCAUUACUCCUGGUACAUUGUUAGUGGAUUUGUUGACCGAGGAUAAAGAAUUUUUAGCUGUGGAAGAGGAAAUGCAAAGUACCAUUAGACAGCACAGAGAUAAUGGACAUGCCGGUGGUAUCUUUUCACGGUAUAACAUUGUUAGGAUACAAAAGGUUCAAAAUCGGAAAUUGUGGGAACGUUAUGCCCAUAGAAGACAAGAAGUAGCUGAAGAAGUUGGUGCAGCUGCUCCAGCAUCGCCUGGAACAGGUCCUAGAUCCACACCAAGUUCUGCAGUUCCUCAAGCAAAUGAAAGAAUGUUAUUUCAUGGCAGUCCCUUUAUAAAUGCAAUUGUACAGAAAGGUUUCGACGAAAGGCAUGCAUAUAUCGGCGGUAUGUUUGGUGCUGGGAUAUAUUUUGCAGAGCAUAGUAGCAAAAGCAAUCAAUAUGUAUAUGGUAUAUGCGGAGGUACUGGGUGUCCUUCUCAUAAGGAUAGAAGCUGUUACAUCUGUCACAGGCAUUUAUUACUUUGUCGAGUUACCCUGGGUAAAUCGUUCCUACAAUUUUCUGCAAUGAAGAUGGCUCAUGCACCGCCUGGUCAUCAUAGUGUAAUGGGUAGACCAUCCCAAGGUGGUUUGGCUUUCCCUGAAUAUGUUGUGUAUAGAGGAGAACAAGCAUACCCUGAAUACUUAAUAACAUACCAAAUUGCAAGACCUCAACAAGAAAGUGGUGGAAGUGAAAGUGUUGAGGAACGGUGAUCAGAAGAGCCAGGCCCUGCAGCAAGAUUACGAAGCUUAUGUUGCUGCCAGAGACCAAGAACACACGGUACCUUGUCUUAGAACUGAUUAUGACUUUAUUCAUUGUAUUCAAAUUUCUUUGAUUGAAUCAACAAAUGUUAUCCAUGAUAACGAUAAUCCAAUUGACUAUAAGAACUGAUACAGGCAUUUAAUUUUCAGUAUAUUUUAAUUAUUAUUAUUAUUAUAUAUAUAUAUAAACAUACAAAUUCACAUGUGCAUUGAGAAUUUACAUUAGAACAGAUAUAUUUUCCAACAGUAUUAUAAUUAAAAAUUUAUUCCUUAUUUAUAUAUAUGGAUAUCUUUAUGGGGGGUGGGGGGCGGGGGGGAGUAUUAUAUUUUAGACUAAACAUUUUGAUUCUGAAAAGUAUUUGAAAUAUGAGACAAUAUGAUAAAUAAAUUUUCAACAGAUUGUUUUCUUAAGUAUAUUUUUUUUUUUUUUUAUCAAAUGGUAUGAUAAUAAAUG